CGAACGCAAGUUGGUGCUGUCCACGCGAGGCCGCUGUUCAAUCUGGGGUUUUGUGAAAAUUUUCUUCCUUUUUAGAAACCAGGAUGGCGCGUGGACCAAAGAAGCAUCUGAAGCGCUUAAAUGCGCCCAAGCAUUGGAUGUUAGACAAACUGACGGGUGUUUUCGCUCCCAGACCAUCCACAGGACCCCACAAACUGCGAGAGUGCCUUCCUCUCUGUAUUUUCCUCCGUAAUCGUCUGCAUUAUGCUCUCACUUACGAUGAAACGAAGCGGAUCCUCAUGCAAAGAUUGGUGAAGGUUGACGGUAAAGUUCGAACUGACACAACAUAUCCAGCUGGAUUUAUGGACGUAAUCACCAUUGACAAGACAGCUGAGUAUUUCCGUCUCAUCUACGACGUGAAAGGACGUUUUGCUGUUCAUAGAAUUACUUCUGAUGAAGCAAAGUACAAGUUGUGCAAGGUGAAGAAGGUUGCCACGGCGCCCAAGGGAGUCCCGUACCUCGUCACCCACGAUGCACGAACCAUUCGUUACCCCAACCCCGAUAUUAAGGUACACGAUACAGUGGUUGUUGAUAUCGCGAGUGGAAAGAUUACUGGUUUUGUGCAUUUGGACAGCGGUAACAUGUGCAUGAUCACUGGAGGUCACAACUUGGGGCGAGUAGGAACAGUUAUGCAUAGAGAGAGACAUCCAGGAUCAUUUGACAUCAUCCACGUAAAAGAUGCGCUCGGCCACACCUUUGCUACCCGUCUAUCGAAUGUUUUCAUCAUAGGCCAGGCCAACAAACCAAUGGUUUCCCUUCCACGAGGAAAAGGAAUCAAACUGACGAUCGCUGAAGAGAGAGACCGUCGGUUGGCAACAAAGUAAAUGCCAUUGAAUUGAGCAUUUCAAUAAAUAUUGAAAUCGGAUUUA